AUCGCGCUAUAAAUAUUGUUCUGAUUUCGAUUUUCGAAUUAUUUCGGUUUUAUUAUUGUGUAUAGCUUUAAAAAUAAUGACGUUUGAAUGUGGUGUAUUUGAGAAUAUCGUCUUUUUGUCCUCAUGAGUCGUUGUAAAAGUGGAAUCUGUCCAUUUUCGAGAAAUUCGACGAGGAUGUAUCAAGUGAGCUGAGGUGAGGCAAAGCCAAAUCUCUCGUAUCUGGGAGGUUCCAGUUUUUAUUGACAGAUUCUCCGAGGUUCGGCUGCCGUCACACAAUUGCGUCUCGAAAGUGAUUUUUCUCGAUUUUCAGCCAGAUUUCGGACCCGCGAUCGAGCCAGGCGGCUUUUCACCGGCUCCCCAGCUUGGAAUGGUCGCCUCCGGCUUCGGCCCGAUGAGAAACGAACGAUUCGAGUGAAUAUGGGCGGACUCGACCCUGGCAGGCGCACCGAGGAUCGCUGAGAGCCAACCGAGCCGAAAGAGACUCUUGAACGAAUCCGACUCGAGACUCGUGACAUUUUUCAAAACCGGCCCAACAUCAAAAUGAGCGUUAUUCAAGGCAGUCUCAGCAAAUUGAAGAAGAAACACUUCAGAGUCAAACACCAGAAAGUCAAAUUAUUUCGGGCCAACGAGCCGAUCCUCUCCGUAUUUAUGUGGGGCGUUAACCAUACCAUUAAUGAACUGAGUCAUGUUACAAUACCAGUCAUGCUUUUGCCUGAUGACUUCCGGGCUUACUCUAAACUCAAAGUCGACAACCACUUGUUUAACAAGGAAAACAUGCCGAGUCAUUUCAAAAUCAAAGAGUACUGCCCGCUUGUCUUCAGGAAUUUGAGGGAGAGAUUUGGAAUCGAUGAUCUCGAUUUUAAAGAAUCAAUGACAAGGUCACAACCUGUUGUCAUGGAUAAUCCAGGGAAGUCAGGGGCAAAGUUCUACCAUUCAUACGACCGUCUUUUUGUCAUCAAGACACUUACCAGUGAGGAAGUUGAACGCAUGCAUUCAUUUCUUAAACAAUACCACCCUUAUAUUGUUGAAAGGCAUGGGAAAACACUGCUGCCUCAGUACCUCGGGAUGUACAGAUUGACAGUUGAUGGUGUUGAACAUUAUAUGGUAGCCAUGAGAAAUGUCUUCAGCAAUCAUCUUGCUACACAUAGAAAGUUUGAUCUCAAAGGCUCUACUGUGGACCGAGAAGCUUCAGACCGUGAACGUGAGAAAGAUCUUCCAACCUACAAAGACAACGAUUUCGUGAAAGAGGGAACUAAAAUUUACAUAGGAGAAGAAGCCAAAGAAAAACUAUUAGAAACAUUAAACGCCGAUGUUGAUUUUCUGACAAAACUCAACUUGAUGGAUUACUCGCUCCUGCUCGGGAUUCAUGACUGCAGCAGAGGUGAAUCUGAAGGUUAUGACAUUGAGGACGUCGAGGGCGGAGGAGGAGGCGGUGAAGAGGACGAAGACAGUGAGGGAGGAGGUGGAUGGUGUGGCACACCACCUGAUUCUCCCUUACAACUAUGUUGUACCCCAAGCCUCCAGUAUGAAGGGAUUGUCCCAGAACUCGAUAUUUAUGCCAUACCAAGCUCUGAAAAUGCUCCCGUUAAAGAGAUUUAUUUCUUGGCACUCAUCGAUGUUCUGACCCAUUAUGGUGUGAAAAAGCAAGCAGCAAAGGCAGCCAAAACAGUCAAGUACGGAGCUAACGUCGACGGGAUUUCAACAUGUGAUCCAGAGCAAUACGGGAAACGGUUUAUCGAGUUUCUGAGCAAGGCCAUCGAAUAAAUUUCCAGCUUUCUUUGUUUCUUUCAUUUUGUGGGUCAUGCCGCCGACCAUUCUCUUUGUCUAUUCUUUAAAAAGAAGAAAAAAAAAUUGUUUAAAUCAUACCAUUAACGCACAUUUCAUACUUUUCAUUGCUUUUAUCUAAUUUUAAUAUAGUUAUAUACUUGAAUAGUUACACGUUUAAAAUAUAUAUGCUAAAUUUGUUUUCAUCUACCUCAGUUGUCUACCUUCUUUUGGUGAAAACACAAUUAUGUUACAGUACAUGCUCAUCAUGUAAGCCAAAUUUGCCCUUUCAUUCUUAUUCUUAGUAUAAAGGAAGAUCAUGGCUUAAAAGCCAUUUUUUGUGAUAUAGAUAUUUUCUUUCUUAAAAAUUAUGUAUCCAUAAAUUUGAUUUGAGACCAAAAUGGUUGGAUUUGAUCCUUCUUAAUUCAAAAUUUUCCCUUAUUCAUAACUUUAAGUAGUGCAAAAACAAAUGUAAAAGUUUAUUGUGCAUUGUUUAUUCUCAUGUUUUAUUUUAUUUUUUUAAUUUCUGUGAUCAUUGUUAUGUAUAAAUAUUUCUUAGGACAGUAUCCAUUCUUAAUUUAAAAUAUUGAAGAACCUUUAUACUAUAAGUGCAUUUUUUAAAUUAAGGACUUGAUGUUGAAUUGAAACUCGAGAGAUUAUGUGCACAAUUUUUUUACUCGCAUUUUUCCAUGCAAAGCUUUUUAUUACUGGAGCUUUCUAAAAUAAAUUCAAAGAACUUGUAGAAGAACGAUUGAAUUUCAUAAAGUAACUGGACGAGUGGAGACUUUCUUAAAUGGAAGCCAAGAUGAGAAAAUGGAGAUCUAUUUUCUCUGUAAAGACUGAUUAGGAAUUUGCAGUUUUACAAUUGUCGGAUAGUCUGAUCGAUUAGAAAAAUGCACCAUAGUGUUAAAAAAAAAAAA